AUGUCUUAUUCUAUUUUCCUUCUUCUUCUUUUCGCUGUCCUCGUGUCUUCCGCUCGCGGUUCGAAGAAUCCCAAACCUGAUCCAAAAUUAAUUGCAUCUAACACUUUGGAAGCCGCCUUGAAUGCAGCAAGAGCUGAGGAUUUUGGACGGUUCAAAACUCUCGUUGCCUAUUACAAAGGGCCAGGACUUUCCGAUUAUGAUAUGAGGAUGUUCGCCAACUACUAUGAAUACAUUGUGUUAAAAGCGGAAUUCAACGAAGACGGACACGUGGAAACUAUAUGUACUACGUCGCCGACCGAUCGUCUCUAUUUCUUCAAAUUCAACCAUCAUCCGAGAGUCCAACUGGAUGGACCAGUUAUCUUGCCAAAUAAUUGGGUUUUGACUGAAAUAAAUCAUUGA